UUUACAAGAAAAGAUAAACUGGUUUAGAAGAUUCGAUUGUUAAUAAAUACAAAUCAUCUUUUGCGUGAACAUUGUGCAGUGUUUAGUCAGUACCAGGCUCUUGUUCUGUGUUCCCUAAAAUAUCUUAGUGUUGUACUAUCGCCAAAUAUACGAUAAUACCUUGAAAUGGAGGGUUUUAGUAUUAUAACAAAAAACAUAUCCUACAUUAGAGCAAGAGAUCCAAGUAUUCAAUUACAUUACAAUGUAGCAAAUAUUCGAAGAAAUUUAGUGUCACAACUUGCUACAGUCGAUAACAGUGUUCAAUCUACUGAGGAAGAAGAAGAGGAAGAUGUUCACCAUUACCAGGUUUAUCUCAGAAUUAAGAAUAAUAAAGACAACUCUGACCUAUACGGUGUAAAAGACUCCAGUACACUUUUCUGUAACAUCCCAGAUGGAGCACAAUGUAUUAGAAAUAUUCGUGAAAACAUAACAAAAACCUUUAAAUUUUCAAAAAUAAUUGAGCCAACAUGUACCCAAACAGAACUCUUUAACAGCAUUGUUAAGCAAAAAAUAUUGUCGUUUAUAAAUGGCUUUAAUUGUACGCUAAUGUCAUACGGUGCUUCUGGAUCAGGCAAGACUUUCACUAUGGUUGGAACCACCAAUGAUCCAGGAAUUAUUCCUCGUUCACUGGAGUACCUUUUUAGAACAUUGCCCAAGUUACCUGAAAUGCCUCAUAUGAAACCGACCAUUUCUGGUGAAGUUGUUGCUAUGAACGAGAGCGCCUGUUUAAAAGAUAAAGCUACCCGAAAUUUGAUUUUAAGUGGACAUCAGAUUAAUAUGGACCAUUUGCAUCAUGUUCAAACUUACAAAGCGAUGCAAGAACGAUUAAGUGGAGAGCCGGUUGGAAUGGUGGACGACAGUUUAGAAAAUGAUGUGUUCAUGACCAUUUGGGUAUCAUUUGCGGAAAUUUAUAAUGAAAACAUUUACGAUUUAUUGAAACCCGAGCCGUGCAGAGGGCAACAGAGACAAAAGCUUCGAAUAGGAACCAGAAAUGGUAGUACUUUCAUUAAAGGACUUACAGCGGUUAGUGUGUCUUCGGGACUAGAGGCCUAUUUAAUAUUGCAGUAUGGGCUUCAUAAUUUAAGCUAUGCAGCGACAGCCUUAAAUGAGCAUUCCAGCCGUUCUCAUUGCAUAUUUACAUUGCAGUUGGUUCAAGCAUCUAACAUAAAGAAGGGAAUCCAUGUGAGCGUGUUCAAUUUUUGUGAUUUGGCAGGCUCUGAACGUAGCAAAAAGACGAAUAACGCGGGAGACAGACUAAAAGAAUCGAACAGCAUCAAUACAUCCCUUUUGGUUUUGGGAAGAUGUCUAAAAUUAAUACGAGAUAAUCAAAAAUCUAAAGAUAACAAAAUGAUACCGUUUCGUGAAUCAAAAUUAACGCAACUAUUUCAACAUGCAUUGUUGGGUAACGAAGCGGUUUCAAUGAUGGUCAACAUUAAUCCGGCACGCGAAAUGUUCGAUGAAACCCAGCAUACCUUAAAUUUCGCAGCUAUUGCUAAAAAUAUUUGUGUUGAACCACAAAAAAUCAAAACCGACGAUAAAAGGCUGUCUCAAUUUAUGCAACAAGAUAGUGGUUUUCCUAAGGAUAACGCUACUAGAGUGGAACUGGAAAAUCAGAUAUCCCUUUUAACUGAUGAAUGGCACAAACAAAAAGAAAGGUUUAAGGAGGAAAAAAGUAAUUUCGUACUAUAUUAUCAAAGAGUGCUGGCAGAGACGAAUAAAAUAGGAGAAGAACGAUAUCAUAAAUUGAAGAAUUUACUAAAUGACAUUUUGGAAGAUGAACAAGCUGAAAUUGAAAAAAAAAGAUCUCGCAUGUCAGUUAUUGUAAUAGAUAGUUCCUCAGAUGAAGACGAAGAGGAAGAAUAUGAUGAAAUACUACUGUCAAAAAUUGCGGAUCUUCAAACUGAGUUAAAAGAAGUAAAGGCUAAAAAAGACGAGAUAUUAUUAGAAAAUAGUGAAUUAGAAAAAAUUGAUUAUAAAACUGAGUCCUUGUCAAUGAAAGUAGAAAUUGCCGCUUUGAAGUCGCAUUUACUUAACAUAAAUGAGCAAAUUAAAGAAACUAAGGCUUAUGUAGAGUUUAAAGUGAAAAGUGCUGCCAACGAAGGUAGCGAUGUUCCAAGCUGUUCUUCAUCAACCAUUCCUGUGGAUAUUGUACAUGAAGACGUUUUGGAGGAGGAAAAUGAAUUUUACAAUGAACAAAAUAACCAAGUAGAGACAAGUAUGGAAGACAGCGCUUUAGGAGAUGAUCUAGAAUUCUUGUGGUCUGCAAAAGUGUGAUAUAUUUGGUUUUCUGAAACUUUCUUAGUUAUUUAUUUGUAAAAUAUGUAAAUGUGUAAUUGUGUUGUUGAAUUAUAAUAUACUUACUAUGUUUCA